AUGGCCGGCGACGAGUACGAUAUCAAGGCGCCGCAUGUUGGCAUGUCGCCUCGAGAAUAUGCAGCCACCAGAGUGUCGAGUCUGAAGCCUCCCAUGCUGAACCUACCCAACCCCAUCAAGCUAUUGCGGAUGCUGAAUCGGCAGCAAUGGGCCUUCUUCAUGGUCGCUUUCUGCGCAUGGACAUGGGAUGCGUUUGACUUCUUCACUGUAUCACUUACCGUCACCGAACUGGCCGAGAGUUUCGACAAGUCCAAGACAGACAUUACAUGGGGCAUUACCCUCGUGCUUAUGUUCAGGUCUGUCGGGUCAAUUCUUUUCGGUGUCGCGGCGGAUCGAUAUGGAAGGAAGUGGCCGUUCAUCAUCAACAACAUGUUGUUUAUCGUUCUCGAACUUGGAACCGGCUUCUGUCAGACAUACUCGCAAUUCCUUGCCUGCCGUGCGCUGUUUGGCGUUGCCAUGGGUGGUCUGUACGGCAAUGCUGCAGCUACGGCCCUGGAAGACUGUCCCGAGGAAGCUCGUGGUCUGAUGAGCGGUAUCCUUCAGCAAGGUUAUGCGCUCGGUUAUCUCCUCGCCGCCGCUUUCGCUCGUGGGCUUGUUGGCACGACGCCGCAUGGCUGGAGACCCCUGUUCUGGUUCGGUGCCUGCCCUCCUGUUCUGUUCAUCCUUUGGCGUCUGGUCUUGCCCGAGACGGUCGCCUACCAAGAACGCGAGCUGUUGCGACAGGAAGCCAUCCACGGGGGCAAUGCCGGAAAGAGCGUCGGUAGCGUUUUCAUGACCGAGGCCAAGGUCGCAAUGAAGAAGCACUGGAUCCUCCUCGUCUACCUCGUCCUUUUGAUGGCCGGUUUCAACUUCAUGAGCCACGGAAGUCAGGACCUGUACCCCACGAUGCUCACCAACACGCUCGAAUUCUCGCAGACCAUGGUCACCGUGACACAAGUGGUUGCGAACCUCGGAGCGAUCACCGGCGGCACCGUAGUCGGGUAUCUCAGUCAGUCGGUCGGUCGUCGCCUGAGCAUCAUCAUCGCCUGUUUCGUUGGUGGUGCUUUGUUGUAUCCGUAUACCUUUGUCCGCGACGAGUCCAUUAUGGCAGCUGCCUUUUUCCAACAAUUCUGCGUUCAAGGAGCCUGGGGUGUGAUUCCCGCUCACUUGAUCGAGCUCAGUCCUGGUGCUUUUAGAACCGUUGUCGUCGGUACAUCGUACCAGCUGGGCAACCUCGUUUCGUCCGCAUCUUCAACGAUCGAAGCCAGGCUCGGGGAGCGAUUCCCACUUGCGCGGAGUGCUAAAGGCGAGAGCCGAUACGACUAUGGCAAGGUCAUCUGCAUCUUCAUGGCCUGUGUAUAUGUGUAUGUCAUCGUGUUGACGUUUGUCGGCCCUGAGAAUCUGAGAGCCAAGUUCGAUGUGGCACACGACGCAGAUGCGCAGGUAGUGGUAGGGGACCAGGUGCUGGAGAAGGCUAAGCUGGGACGCCGAGACGAGGAAGAGAAGACUCAGGAACAAUGGAGGGAGGUUUGA